ACGACUGAGUGGCAACAAGUGACAUGUGAGGAGUGUUUCGAGAGUACACGGCCUAACGAAGAUGUCGACGAGGUGACGGGCAAGCAAACCUUUCAGUCGGAGGAGUCCUGCUUCACGGCAGCGCGACAAGACGGUGUCAACGGACUGCUCGAUUCUGAGAGAAACGGCGGAGGGUCGCCGGACACGGCCAUGUUUUACUCAGGCACCUCGAUGCGCCGGCUAGGCCUCGCUCCGCUGUCACUGGUGGUCGCAGUGUUUGCAGUGGUUCUGCUUCCUUCGCUGGUUGAAGGCCGUCGCACGUCGCACUGUUACGUGUGCCGCUCUCGGAGCCAGCUGGGCGACUGCCGGGACCCGUUCCCUUACAACGAGACCACGGUCGAGGGCGUGCGAGGGGUUGAGGCGUCGCCUUGCGCCUCCAAGUGGUGCGGCAAGCUGGUCGAAGGGAGGGACGACGACUUCGACCUAGCAACGGAGCGGAUGUGCUUGCAGCGACCCCCCGACGACCAGGAGGAGAGGUGCGCCGAGACCCUGUACCAAAACAGGCGCGUCUACAUGUGCUUCUGCCGGGGAGACCUGUGCAACGGGGCCCACAAGACGGCGGCCGCGGGCACUACCGCUGCCAUCGCGUUUGCACUCGCCGCGACGUGGGCCAUUCACCGCGCAUUACAGUUGUGACGAAGGCACCCGUUAUAGCACUCCGAAGAGCGCGAGUACUUCAAAGAGGUCAGUCGAGCCAGGACGAAGUAGUUUACGCCGUUAAGCACCAAAAACUUCUAACGCGUUCGAGGCGUUGCGUACAGUCACGGACAAUUCAAAUAGGAACAAGUUGGGACUAACUCACAUUCUUUCGACAUCGGUUUGGCCGGUACGUUUGAUGUCGGCAUGAUUUCCGCCUUGCACACUUAUUGCGGGGCCCAAUCUUUCACGAGGGCAUCAUUAUUGAUAGGAGAUCGUGCUGUCAAGUUAUAGCUUUCUUAAUGUGUUCCACUUUGCGACUUUUGUUCCUGUUUAAUUUGUCCGUGACUGUACAAGCAUCGUUCACUAUCUAGCUAACGUGACAAACACUACACGUCCAAAAGCGGGUUCAGCUUGUAGGAAAUUCAAUGCCUUGUGAUUAGCUCGUGUCUGGUACACACCGUACGACAGCGUCAAGACAGCAACUAAACGAAAAGUCAGCCGGGCCAAUUUUUCGUGCGUUUGCAAGACAUCAGUGCACCAAAAAUUAUGUGUACGAUGACAUUCUAUUGGUGCAACUACCACACUACAAUACAAACAAGGUAUAACAUACGGAGUUAAAUACCCUACUUUUUUCGUGAAACAUGCAGACCACUACGUUGCAGCGUUUGAAAAUAACAUGUCCUUUAUAUACAUCGCGAUUUCAGAUAGAAUACGUUAAAUUAUGAAACUCAUUUUAUGCUUACAUAUAACGACAUGUGAACUACUCAGCGUCUCGAGUGUGUUUUCAUAUCGUCAGAAGAGCUCAACGCUCACUUAUGCUCAGAACAUACCAGCGUAACUGCUACUCAGCGGUCCACCACUGCCAUCAGUUUUUCACGUUCGAAGAACGUCGUUAUAAUGUACUUGUUGUUUUAUAUUAUCGCCUACUCUAAUCUUUGUUGUAUCUGAAAGAUUAAAAUGUUUGUUGUAUAA